CUCACUCAAUUCAGCAGAAGCAGUAGCAGAGCUAACAUUUGAGCUUCAAUGGGUUCCGUUUCUCUGAAAAUCGGAGAUGGAACCGCAAGAUUCAAGAGAGCAACUCUUUGUUCUUCAGCUCUCAACAUUCUCAUGCUCAUUUCCGUAAUCACCACAAAUCUUUUCGCACUAUAUGCCUUCACUUACUCUCCCAAAGAUCGCGAAAUUCAUUCGCUUAAUCGAACACACAAGAAUAUUUCUCUCAUAUCGGAGCAGGUUUCUUUAAUUCUCAGAGAGAUCGAUGUUUCUCAGAAGAAGCUUGCUCAGAUGGAGAAGGAAAUUCUUGGAUAUGAAAGCAUCGAUCUCUCCAGAUCCAGUGUCGCAAAUGAGCUUAAACUCUUUCUCCAGCGUCAUCCGCUUCCUCUUGGUAAGGAUUCGAAAAGUGGAAUAACUGAAAUGGUUGCAUCUGUGGGGCAUUCGUGUGAGAAAUCCAUGGAUCUUUUGUCGCAGUAUAUGAAUUACAAGGUCUCUGGACCUUGUCCUGACGAUUGGAGCCUUGCUCAGAAGCUGAUUCUGCGUGGAUGCGAGCCGUUGCCGAGGCGGAGGUGUUUGGCCAAAUCUGUGCCAAAGGUGGGUUUACAACCUUUCCCCAAGUCUCUAUGGAAUCCUGUUAGUGAUAAGAUUGUUAUGUGGAGUGGGCUUGGAUGUAAAAAUUUUCAGUGUCUGAAUAGUAAGAAAUUAGGCAGGGAUUGUGUUGGUUGCUUUGAUUUGGUUAAUGGAUUUGAGAAUCAGAGAUUUGUUAAGGCUAGAGGGAAGAAUGAUUUUCCAAUUGAUGAUGUUUUAGCUUUAACUAGUGGUGGAAUCAGGAUAGGUUUUGAUAUUGGUGGAGGGUCUGGAACUUUUGCUGCCAGAAUGGCUGAGAAAAAUGUUACUGUCAUAACCUCUACUCUGAAUAUUGAUGCCCCAUUCAGUGAAUUCAUUGCUGCAAGAGGGUUGUUUCCUCUCUUUUUGAGUUUAGAUCAUAGAUUCCCUUUCUAUGACAAUGUGUUUGAUUUGGUUCAUGCUUCAAGUGGAUUGGAUAUUGGUGGUAAGCCUGAAAAACUAGAGUUCCUUAUGUUCGAUAUCGAUCGGAUCUUAAGAGCAGGUGGAUUGCUUUGGCUGGAUAACUUCUAUUGUGCUAAUGAUGAGAAGAAAAAAGCUUUGACACGCUUGAUUGAGCGGUUUGGAUUUAAAAAACUGAAGUGGGUCAUUGGGGAGAAAUCUGAAUCAGGCAAAUCUGAGGUUUAUCUGUCUGCUGUUUUACAGAAGCCUGUAAGAGUAUGAUGAUGAUGAUGAUGAUGAUAGCUAUUUUCAACAGAAAAGUAAAAACAGGAGCUAUCACUAAUGGCUUGAUGAGUUUCAAGUUAGCUGAAGAACAAAUGAGUGGCUAUAGCUUCUACAAUUUCAAUAGACUAACCCUUUGCAAGGGAAGUGUUCAAGUUCCUUAGGUGUGUAUCCAAUGAUUUUGUUCAAUUCGAAGGUUUACUUUUUUUUUAGUUGAUUUUAUGAUAUCAUGUGAGUCUGCUCUUAUUCAAACUAGUUAUGUGAUGAUGGAGUAUUUAAAACCAAAGUCGUUGGAAACUGUAUAUUUUUAUCCUUAUACCUUUAAAAAAGUUGUUAUUUUGUUCUU